AUGCCUGAACUGCCUGAAGUGGAAGAGACUGCCAGGCUAGUCAGGAACACCACAUUAGGGAAGACGAUACGGUCCGUGGACACCCAAGAGGACGCUAUAGUCUUCACAGGGAUAACACACGAAGAAUUUGCAAAUGAAGUUACCGGCCGGAAGGUGAAGAAUGUAGGCAGAUAUGGGAAAUUUUUCUACAUGGAGCUGGAUGGUAAAGGUCGGAUGCCCGUGUUACACUUAGGCAUGACGGGUAUGAUUCAAGUUAAAGGGCUACCGCCGAUCCUAUAUAAAGAGGGCAAGAAGAAGACAUCUACGCAGUGGCCUCCGAAGUUUAUGAAGUUUAUCAUGCAUCUCGGCGACGAUUCGGAAACUGGAGUUGAGCUAGCGUUCUUGGAUCCCAGGCGCCUUGGUCGAAUCCGUCUCCGUACUUCACCAUUAACAGAACCACCCAUCUCGACCCUGGGAUUCGAUCCAGUGUUAUCGAUGCCUUCACUAGACUCGCUCACACCUCUAGUCACUAAGCGGAGGUGUACCAUCAAAGCAUUGCUUCUGGACCAGACAUUCAGCGCCGGCGUAGGGAAUUGGGUCGCAGAUGAGGUGUUGUACCAUGCAAGGAUACACCCGGAGCAACGGUGCGACACCCUCACGCCAGAGCAGCUUCUUGCAUUGCACGCACAGAUACGAACUGUCUGCGUGAGAGCUGUAGCUGCUCAUGCGGACGACUCAAAAUUUCCUUCUGACUGGUUGUUCAAGCAUCGGUGGGGCAAGGGCAAGAAAGAGACGCACACACUGAAACUACCUACUGGAGAACCUGCAACGAUCAAGUGGAUUAAGGUUGGGGGGCGUACCUCAGCAUACAUUGCAGAGCUCCAGAAGCUCAACUCCUCCGGGACUGUCGGAGAUCUGCAAGAGGCUGACGAACCGGAAGAAAGCGAUCUGACGCCUCUAUCGGACGAACCAACGGUCGUUACGACCGCCGGCAAUAAACGCAAGUUCCCGCCCAAGGAUGACACGGCGCCUCGUCGGUCUACCCGUCGAAACACAACAGCCGCAAGGUAA